AUGCAAGAGGAGUGGGAUCCAUGUGUGCAGGUACUAGAGGGCCAUAGGUCCUGGGUCAGCGCAGUCGCCUUCUCUCCAGACGGGCAGACGGUCGCGUCCGCUUCAGGUGAUAAGACCGUGCGGCUCUGGGAUACAGCUACUGGAGUCGAACGUCGUACCCUGCAAGGCCAUAGGGAUCGGGUUAACGCGGUCGCCUUCUCUCCAAACGGGCAGACGGUCGCGUCCGCUUCAGAUGAUAAGACCGUGCGGCUCUGGGAUGCAGCCACCGGAGUCGAACGUCGUACCCUGCAAGGCCAUAGGGAUCGGGUUAACGCGGUCGCCUUCUCUCCAAACGGGCAGACGGUCGCGUCCGCAUCAGAUGAUAAGACCGUGCGGCUCUGGGAUGCAGCCACCGGAGUCGAACGUCGUACCCUGCAAGGCCAUAGGGAUCGGGUUAACGCGGUCGCCUUCUCUCCAAACGGGCAGACAGUCGCGUCCGCAUCAGGUGAUAAGACCGUGCGGCUCUGGGAUGCAGCCACCGGAGUCGAACGUCAUACCCUGCAAGGCCAUAGGGAUUGGGUUAAUGCGGUCGCCUUCUCUCCAGACGGGCAGACGGUCGCGUCCGCUUCAGAUGAUAAGACCGUGCGGCUCUGGGAUGCAGCCACCGGAGUCGAACGUCGUACCCUGCAAGGCCAUAGGGAUCGGGUUAACGCGGUCGCCUUCUCUCCAAACGGGCAGACAGUCGCGUCCGCUUCAGAUGAUAAGACCGUGCGGCUCUGGGAUGCAGCCACCGGAGUCCAACGUCGUACCCUGCAAGGCCAUAGGUUUUCGGUUAACGCGGUCGCCUUCUCUCCAAAUGGGCAGACGGUCGCGUCCGCUUCAGCUGAUAAGACCGUGCGGCUCUGGGAUGCAGCCACCGGAGUCGAACGUCGUACCCUGCAAGGCCAUAGGGAUCGGGUUAACGCGGUCGCCUUCUCUCCAAACGGGCAGAUGGUCGCGUCCGCUUCAGAUGAUAAGACCGUGCGGCUCUGGGAUGCAGCCACCGGAGUCGAACGUCAUACCCUGCAAGGCCAUAGGGAUCAGGUUAACGCGGUCGCCUUCUCUCCAAACGGGCAGACGGUCGCGUCCGCUUCAGAUGAUAAGACCGUGCGGCUCUGGGAUGCAGCCACCGGAGUCGAACGUCAUACCCUGCAAGGCCAUAGGUUUUCGGUUAACUUCUCUCCAGACGGGCAGACGGUCGCGUCCGCAUUAGGUGAUAAAACCGUGCGGCUCUGGGAUGCAGCCACCGGAGUCGAACGUCAUACCCUGCAAGGCCAUAGGGAUUGGGUUAAUGCGGUCGCCUUCUCUCCAGACGGGCAGACGGUCGCGUCCGCUUCAUAUGAUCGGACCGUGCGGCUCUGGGAUACAGCCACCGGAGUCGAACGUCGGACCCUGCAGGGCCAUAGGCGUUGGGUCCUCGCAGUCGCCUUCUCUCCAGACGGGCAGACGGUCGCGUCCGCUUCAGGUGAUGAGACCGUGCGGCUCUGGGAUGCAGCCACCGGAGUCGAACGUCGGACCCUGCAGGGCCAUAGGGAUUCAGUCCACGCAGUCGCCUUCUCUCCAGACGGGCAGACGGUCGCGUCCGCUUCAUAUGAUCGGACCGUGCGGCUCUGGGAUGCAGCCACCGGACUCGAAAAGGAUAAACAUCAUCUUGAUAUAACACUCACUACCUUGUCAUUCUCGGACAAUGGCUGUCUCAAGUCUGACCGCGGUUUACUUUCUUUAAACUAUCAAACUUCUGAUUUCAUUCAACAGCAAGAAAAUGAAAUAUUUGUAGGUGAGAAAUGGGUGAUUCACAACGGGCAGCGUUUGAUCUGGCUUCCUCCAGACUAUCGGGCGACAUGUGCGGCUAUCAAUAGGAACAAUGUUGUUCUUGGUCAUGGAUCAGGGCGCUUGACAUUCUUAUGGUUAACUUAG